UCAGGUGACCAUGGGGAUUCUGUGUUGAAAAUGUGAAGAAUGGUCACUUUUUUCAGUACCAUUGUAACUUUGAACACUCACUAAUGAUUGUAAGUUGAAGACUACCUGUAUUUUGUUCUAUUUUUACCAAGACAAAUCUGAUGAUAUCUUGAUUUGUCCAUGAUAUUCACCAUUAUGCAAUCAAGUAGAACAAAUUCAAAAUAGAGUCUUGGUAACAAAACUAGUGAUCCAGCAAAAUGCUGUAGAUAUAAUUUACUUGGACUUCAGAAAGGCAUUUGACAAAGUAGACCACAAUCUACAACUUGAUAGAAAAAUGUGUGUUAGUGAGCAUCACCACCAGAUGGAUUUGUAACUGGCUGACCAACCACACUCAAUGGAACAGCAUCUACAUGGAGGGAAGUAUGCAGUAGGCCAGGAAGGCAAGCAAGAAGAUGAAGCCAGUGGUGGGAUUCAGCCAGUUUGCACCAGUUCGACAGAACCAGUAGUUAAUUUUUUGUUGCCCAGGCCCAGAAUGGACUUCUGGAAGCAGCAUCCACAAAGAGAACCAGUUCACAUAUUUGAAUCCCACCACUCAAUGAAGCGCUUAUUAGAAGACCAUUAGAAAGAAGUCUGGGAUAACCUACAGUAAUAACAUCCACAGCUGAAACAAGAAACCAUUUGCCCAAGGAAGAGGACUUGUCAAGCAGUUUUCUUCAACCUGGAUGAUGCCAUGCUGUCAUGGAGUUGUGGGAACUGGCCUAGCUCAUCUGAAAGAAUCUUGUUAGGGAAGACUACAAAACAAUUUCUUAAUUUUGAAUGUUGCUGUCUGCUCUGAAUACAUUGCUAGUCUAUUGUAUUUUGUUGCCUAAUCAUUGGUAUUUCCUCCCCCACUCUAUUAUGCAUGUAGGGAUAGCAGGUGAAAGGGUCACACCAGGGUUCAGCAUCAAAGCCUUCCUGCCUUACCUGGGGAAUUGGUAUUGCCCAAGUGGUUAUGUGCAUGGUUCUGCAGCACAGUUCCAGCUUUUAGGACUGCCCAACUUGCUAUUAAAUGGCAAGAAUCAUGCCUCUAAUUGCCCCAUCGCUUUCAGAUUGUGAUAUUCAACUCAGUAAUUGGGAAGUAAUAUAUUAUGGAGCAAAUCCAGCUUGAAGUCUCAGAGAAAGAAAGCAAUACACUGUGAUUUCUAGUGGGGAUAUGCAAAUGAAGAGGGUGGGUUUGAUUAGAAUUACAGCUGGGAACUCUGUUUCAGUACUCCUUGGAAUCCAGUUAUAAGGAAAGACAUAUUCUCAGAGAACGAUCAGUAUACGUGAUUGUAUAUUUCAGGAUGAAAAUGAUAAACCGGGUUGUUCCUUAAAUUGUAGAUCUCUGUUUCUCUCUUUCAUGUUUAAAUACACUGCAGAAUGCUGAAGCCACCAAGCAGAGGUUCUUUCCCCUUGUCUUCAGUUAAAUAAAGUUAUACAGGAACCCAACACAUACUGUAAUUAAGUAUAUUAAAACAGAGAAAAAGAUUAGUAAUGAUGCAAUAGAAUACUGAAUAUUACAGAAAUGGAAAUUCUUCAAACUUUUUGAAAUGUGCAGCAAAGGAUUGGGUUUGCCAUUUACUGUAUUACUAGCAAUAACAUCUACUAGAAAAAAAGUGGAAUUAAAAUAUAUAAUAAUGUCUAAUUAGUUUGGUAAAAACAAAACGAAAAUUCCAUUUUUUUUGUUUUUUGCAAUAGGAAUGAAAUAGCCCAAGAGCAUUUAUAAUUUUUCUUAAAAUUUCCAGGAUCCAAUAUAUUAAUAGUGGUAAUUUUAAGAUCUUUAAUAAUAAUUACUUUAUAAAUGGUGUAAUUAAAAUAAGAUUUACUUUCAUAUUUCACCAACAAAAUAAUUUAUUGUCCAACAAAUUAUAAUAUAUUAUUAGUAUAUUUUUUGAAUAUGUAUGUUUACAGUAAGAAAAUGUCAUCUGAUUAAGACUUUGUUUAUUUAAAAAAAGAUACCUGAUUAUGACAAUCAAACAUGAUUUUUUUUUCUGAUACAUGCAAAUGUUUCUGUCUUCUUUACUGUACUUGGAAAUUGCUUUCCUAAUCACUAGUAUGCAGGCAGAAUCACUAGGGGGCAGGCUGGGAGUGUGCUCUACUAUAAAAAAAUACUUUAUUAUUGAAGUUGUAGGUUCACCAUUAAAGGAAUCAAUCCCUCUGCUGUCCCUCACCCCAAUUUGUGCAUGAAGAUUGAAUUAUAUCUAUACGGACAUGCAAACAUGUAGGCGUUUAAUAAAUAUAAAUGUUCCUCAAUUGCUUCAUUAUUGAAACACUGCCACUCCAUCCAAAUGGGGGGGGGGUUGCUGAAUUGUCUCUUGAAUGAUACACUCUCUUGCCAGCACAUCAAUAUGCCUAUAUUUUCACUGCAUCCACCCUAUUUUGUCCUAACUAUUUUUACCAAGACAAUACCAAGACUAUUUUUACCUGCCUCUUUUCUUGAGAUGGCACAGCAAUUCCUCCCUGUUUCAGCCAUCUAUCUUAAAUUGACAUCUUCCUAACAUUUAGAAGGAAGCUAAAUAAACUCUGACCUUCAAAAAGCUGAUCAGGACCAAGUUCAGAUCUCCAAAUAUCCAUCCAGUUCACUUGGGUCAUUUUUCUUCUCUGAGCCCAAAUCACCUCACAGGGUUAUUGUGAGGUUAAAAUGGGAGGAGGAGAACAAAACACACUCUUCCAAUUAUAUUCUCAACAGUGAUGUCAUAUGAACGUAGAUACCCACACAUACCAGCUUAUAAAAGAAAAAGUGCGAUUGUAUAUCUUAAGAAAGGCAGCUGUGUAGUCUAACCAGCUGAGAUAAUUUCCACAGCUAUAUGAAGAAAUGAAGAAGUGAAACACGGUCCAAGUGAAGCAGAUGACAAAAGGAAGUAAGACUCCCUUAAGGGAGGAAUAACAUAAUUAAGUCUUCUUAGGCACAGAGAAAAAGAAUUAUAUGGCCUACUGUGGAAGAAAACAGAAGCAGUAUCUCAUUUGCUCUCAACUUUCCUGUUCCUUCUGCUCUGUGGUUGGAUGUAGGAGUGCGUGGUUGUCAAAAACCACAAUUCUAGAGCUCAGCAAAUCUGGUAAAGAUUCAAGAAAAGCCUGAGUCAUAACUGAUGAUUUCAGUUAUGCAAAAAGAAAAUAUCUUGGUGUUUUACAUCUAAAAUGCAGACUAAUAUGAAUUGGAAACUCAUCAGUACACUAGUACCAACUUUGGCUAUUAAGCUAAUAGGAACUUCUUUGUUCUUUGUAUAUAUUUCACAGAUCUUCUCAGAAGUUCCCAAAAUCACCUCACCAGGAAAAAACAGCUGCCCCUUAAGAUGGACUCUGUAUGAAGGGAACUGCUACUACUUUUCUACUGUGCAAAGAACAUGGGACGAGAGCCAAAAAGAAUGUGCCCAGUUAAAUUCUCAUCUUGCUAUUAUCAACAACAAAGCAGAACUGGCAUUCCUGAACAGCAGAACACGAAAUUCAGAUUAUUUCAUUGGCCUGAGAAAUUUCAUUGGACAGUGGAAGUGGAUUGAUAACACAAAGUUUGACCCUGGAAUAUUUAAUAUUCGAGAUAAAACAAACGACUGUGCUGCAAUUGGAUUAAAUUCCACCACCUCAAGAUCUUGCUCUGAAUUAAACCGCUUCAUUUGUGAGGAGAAGGUAUAAAAACUCUUUGGACAAUGGAAAUUCACAGCAAGAUAUAAUUGGAAUUCUAUCCUCAGCUCAUAAACUUUGGCCCUGAUAAGAAAGUGAAUCUACUGUAAUGCAAUUAAAAAACUGGAGUGAGUACUCCUCUUCAGCCUACUUCAGGUUACAUGGAAUUCUGUCUUUAGAUCCAAUUCCUCCUUGAGUGAAUAUAUCAAUCUGUAUUAUAUUGCUGCUUUAAAAAUAAAGGUUUCCAAAGGA